GAUUUAUUUGUAGUCCAUUUUGACAAGAAUCAAAGGGCAAUCGGAAAGAAUUUAUAAUACAAGUACUUAUAAAUCAAAUAUGCAUCAACUUUGAGGUUUCAACAAAGAGUUCGAGAAUCAAGGACAAGUACCUGUGACUAUAAUCGUCUGCUGGAGAUAAGACCCGCCAUGAGAAUGAAACAUUCGACAUCAAAUUGAUUUACCAUACUGAAAAUGAUUUCAUUGUUAGGAACUGAAAUUAAGUAGUGAUUUUCGUGUGGCUGCUAAAUUCAUUAGCUUUAGGGAAGUUAUGUUUAGAAACGUCAAACUAGCGUAAAGUCUGAUGUAUGUACACAUCAGAAAAAGGAAAUUAAAUUGAACUUGUUCAUCUUUACGGAUUUAUCGUGGGCAGAAUCUGAAAUAACCUAUAUAUUUAGAUAUGUCAGUGCUGUGCUUUGAUGGCGAAAUCAUACAAAUACCAGAAUAUAUUGUAAGGAUAGUUAAGAGAGCUCAAGAGAUUAUAGCCAGUGAAAACGAAGGAAAACCCACGAUAAAUAUCCUAGAUGGCGAAGUACUAUCUAGAUCGCAGACAGACGAAUCUGAACCAAAAGUCAGAGGACCUGAUGGAAAUGUACAAACACUUUCGGAAUAUAUUCUGGGAAUCAUUCGAGCGGCACAAAAAAUAGUCCAGGAGGAUUCUCCACAAGAGGAGGAUAUUAAAGAUUAUGACAAGUUCAUUGAUAAUACUUUCGAAGCAAUGUUGAGUGAGGUCGACUCCUCGGACUCGAAUGACGAAUCUACUGCUGUUAUCCAAGGUGUUGUUGACAAGCUAAUCGACGAAGUUUGUAGCUCACCAAAACUCAAGAUGCCUGAGAUGGAAAGUUCUAGUGUUUCGACCUUUCAAGAAGAACCCCAAAAUGUUGCAUCUGAUAUUAUGUCUGAAGUAGACAAUAAAAUAGAAAAGGCAAAUAGUGUAUUGGAAAAUGGAAUAACAUCGGCUGAAAAUAUAGAGGUGAAAAACAUAGUUACAGAAAACGAUACAAAUAAUGCCAAAGACAUUACAAAAACAGAAAUUUCGAAUGCAAGCGAAGGAUUUCGUGAAAUUAAGAAUGAUAUUGAAGAGAUUGCAGUAGAGAAAGUUGAAAAAAUAUCUCCCGAUAUAUCAAAUGACGAAUUAGAGAAAAUAGCUGAAAAAUUUGUCGAAAAUAUUUGCAACGAUGCGAAGAACGAAUUCUUUGUUGAAGAAGAAAAUAAAGCGAAUGAAAAAACAGACUCAAUCAAGGACAGUGACGAAGGUAUCGACAAAGACCUAGAAAAUCAAGACAAAGAAGGAACUAAUGAAGAUGAUAAUGGCCAGAUUGAUAAGGAGGAAGAGGAGGAAGCAUCGGAGAACAAAAUACAGAACCAUUCAGCAAAAGUGCAUCCAGAAGAAAGUAAACCAACUGUGGCCAAUUCAGAGGACAUAACCCAAACAGAAAGUCUUCCUACAGAGGGUAAAACUGGUAAAGACCAGAAAUACGAUGUGACCAAGGACAAAAUAAAACCCAAACGAAGAUCCCGUGGAAUCAGAAACUCUUUUCGUAGAAUGUUCUCCUGCUUUUCAACAAAAUCCUCCCAGCUGGAAUGAUUGUUACUUUGAUUUUGUGCUGUUUUUGGUCAUUUUCUGUAUAUUUAUCAUAAAUCAUCAUUUUGUUUA